AUGAAUAUUAUUUUGUACUUAGUUUUAAUUCUUAUAUAUGUAAGUGGAAAUAACCUCCAAUUAAAUGUUUAUUGCAGAAAAGAGAAUGAUUUAAACAAAGCAAAGAAAACCUAUUCUUAUAACCCAUUUGGUGGUAAUAUUAGGGAUAAGAAUAUACAUCAUUUGAAUUAUGUACUUUAUAAAAGACGAGUUUUAUUCCAUAUACGAAUUCCCAAAAAAAAUUUACAGGAAUAUAACAUAGUUAGUAAUGAUAUACGUCAUAAAAAAAUUAAAGCGUUUUUGGAAAAUAAGAAGACAAACAACUUGUGUUAUUUACAUAUAAGUAAUAACAAUCAUGGGAUAAAAAAAAAAAGGACGAAAAACAAAACUUUGGAACUAUUAUUUGAAAAAAAAAAAUGGAUACAGCAACAUUUUUAUAAUUUAAAAUCAUCCCUAUUAGAUAAAUAUAAAAACACGAAAAUUAUAACGAAGCUUUUUUUAUCCUCCUCUUUACUCAUGGUGAUACUUAACAUGAUGGGAGUAAAACCAGAAGAUAUUGCAUUACACGAUAAAAGAAUUUUAAGAGCUUUUGAAUUUUACAGAAUUAUAACAUCAGCAUUGUUUUAUGGUGAUAUAUCACUAUAUGUAUUAACAAAUGUUUAUAUGUUAUAUUUACAAAGUCAUGAAUUGGAAAAAUCUGUAGGCUCAUCAGAAACACUAUCUUUUUAUUUGUCCCAAAUUUCUAUACUAUCUAUAAUUUGCUCCUAUUUAAAAAAGCCAUUUUAUUCGACAGCGUUAUUGAAGUCCCUAUUAUUUGUGAACUGUAUGCUAAAUCCAUAUCAGAAAUCUAAUUUAAUUUUUGGUAUAAAUAUUUACAAUAUUUAUUUACCCUAUUUAUCCAUUUUUAUUGAUAUUUUACAUGCACAAGAUUUAAAAGCUUCAUUAUCAGGCAUAUUGGGGGUAACCAGUGGGUCUAUUUACUAUAUUCUGAAUAUUUAUUCCUAUGAAAAAUUUAACAAAAAGUUUUUCAUAAUUCCUACGUUUUUAAAGAAUUACCUUGAUUCGUUAAGUACGAACGAUGUGCUUUAG